AUACCUGACUAUUUUGUGCAUGAAUAAUGCACGUCUGUCUGACAAUAACAACUGCUGAAGUGCGAGGCAAGAAUGACAUUGGCUGUGAGGGUUAAGGUUAUUUGUCAACUUGGCUGGCGCAUGAUUCUCAGUGCUUUGGCAGUUAUGUAAUGAUGUAAUUUGGCAGUUAUGUAACAAUGUAAUUUGUUGGUUACGUAACGAUAUAAUUUGACAGCUAUAUAAUGAUAUAGUCAUCCUCCAUUUUGUGAUCUGAUGUGGUCAUUCUCCAUUUUCACAUAAUGCCAAUUUUCACAUAAUGACCUGAUCUUUGGAACAUAACCAUUGCCGAUAAGAAGAGGGUGUAUGACAAAUGAUGUCACUACCUCAUGACACGAUACUCCUAACCCUAACAUCUCUUCCUCCCAGACAGACCUGGAAAAGGGUCUUCCCCACCAUGGGCCAGGAAAAUCACACCAAUGUGAAGGAGUUUGUCUUCCUGGAACUCACUUGCUUUCAGGAGCUUGAGUGUUUCUUAUUUGUGGUCUUCUUUGUUGUGUAUAUAACAACCAUACUGGGCAAUGUCCUCAUUGUGGUCACUGUCACCUGUGAGUCCCACCUCCACACUCCCAUGUACUUUCUCCUGAGGAAUAAAUCAGUCCUGGACAUUGUUUUUUCAUCCAUCACUGUCCCAAAGUUCCUGGUAGAUCUUUUAUCCGAGAGAAAGACCAUAUCCUAUAAUGGCUGCAUGGCACAGAUCUUUUUCUUUCAUUUUGCUGGUGGGGCAGAUAUUUUUUUCCUCUCUGUAAUGGCCUAUGACAGAUAUCUUGCAAUUGCCAAACCCCUUCACUAUGUGACCAUUAUGAGGAGGGAGGUAUGGGUGACCUUGGUGGUGGCUUCCUGGAUGGGGGGUGGUCUGCAUUCAAUUGUCCAGAUAAUUCUCAUGCUUCCAGUCCCCUUCUGUGGCCCCAACAUUCUGGAUGCCUUCUAUUGUGAUGUGCCCCAGGUGGUAAAACUGGCCUGCACUGACACCUUUGCUCUGGAACUUCUCAUGAUCUCUAACAAUGGGCUAGUGACUCUGCUGUGGUUCCUCCUACUCUUGGGGUCCUACACAGUUAUUCUGGUGAUGCUGCAAUCUCGCUCUGGGGAGGGGCGGAACAAGGCCCUCUCCACCUGCACUUCCCACAUCCUGGUGGUGACUCUCCACUUUGUGCCUUGUGUUUACAUCUACUGUCGGCCCUCCAUUACACUGCCCAUGGACAGAGCCAUAUCCAUCAAUAACACGGUCAUCACCCCCAUGCUGAACCCCAUGAUCUACACACUGAGGAACAAAGAGAUGAAGUCCGCCAUGAGGAGACUAAAAAGGCAGCUUUGGUCUUCUGAGAGCACUAAACUAGGGUGA